CAAAAAUCGAGCGCGAAGGAAUCAGUUGAUUUAUACUAGCUCAUGAAAAAGAUAUUGGAAUUUGGAUGUAGUCUGCCCGCCUUUUGCAGUCUUAUGCGUUACAAUCACUAAAGUUUCAUGUCCUCAGAAGAUUGUGAACAUGAAUUGCUUGCAUUAGAAUCAAUUUAUGAAGAUAAAUAUCAAUUAGUACAAUCUACACCUAAACGUAAAAUAAAAGUCUCUUUAAAUGGUCAAUCCGAUGAUUCACUAUCAGUGAAAGUACGAUGUCAACUUCUAUUUGAACUACCAAGCAAAUAUCCUAAUAAAGCACCAAAAUAUCAAAUAAUUAAACCGGAAAAUUUAUCCGAUAAUGAUAUUUCUGAUAUCAAUAUAAUAAUCAAUGAAGUCAUAGAACGUUCAUUAGGAUUUAUUAUGUUAUUUGAUAUAUUAACAGAAGUUCAACAGAAAUUAGAUAAUAUUUGUUCGAAAAUUUUUAUUCGUCAAUUAAAUGAAGCUAAACAAAAACAAAAAGCACUUCAACAAGAAGAAGAAGCUAAAUUUCAAGGUGAAAAAGUCACAGUAGAAUCGUUCUUAGAAUGGAAUACAAAAUUUCUUGCAGAAAUGAGAUCUAUAAAAGAGAAAUUGAUGAUGAUAACUGAAGAUCAAAAUACCACUGUGAAACGAUUAACUGGACGUGAAUUAUUCUUAAAAGAUAAUCAUUAUGACGAUUCGGAUUUAACAUUCUUAGAGACAAAUGGUGGUGAAGUUGUUGAGAUUGAUGAACAUUUAUUUGUUGACAUGGUUGAUCUAGAUUUGGAUGACGAUGAUGUUAAUGAUGAAGAUGACGAUCAGAAUAAUCAAGUGGCAGUUCUAUCAGGAACAGUUUAAACACACCAUGUCACCUACUUUGUACUAAAAUUGAUUUCAAAAGUAUUAUUAUUGCUUUGAAUAUAAUGAUUGUCUUUCUUCUUUGAUGUGUAAAUACGAUUCCAAUUCUGUUGGAAUUAGUCUGACUUAUGAUUUGGUGGUUAUA